CAACACUCCACUUACAGACUACCACCAUGGUCUACACUAUCGUCGUACACCUCUACGCCAAGGACGACCCGUGCGCGGUCGAGAAGAUCAAAGCAAAGCUCAUCGAGGCGGCGUCCGUCUACCGCAAGAGCGAGGGGACGAUCGACUGGUUCGUCAUGCAGGACACGAAGGAUCCGCGUGCGUUCACUAUUGUCGAGCGCUACGAGUCCUUGGAGCACCAGAAGAAAUACCAUCUGGGCGACCCAUACUGGCCGACGUUCGAUCCCUACGUCAAGCCCCUGCUCGAGAGGCCGAUGGACCUCCACCGUCUGGAGGAGCUCGACGACGGCAAAGUCCUGUACUCGGGCGAUGGCAAGUGGAUCCAGUGAAGGAGCCAUCAAUGCAAAAUAUUCAUCAGAAAAGCGAAAUGUAUAGUGAAGCAAUGGAUUAUACACGUAGAAAGAAUGCCUGUUAGCAUAGACAUCGCU